UCUAGCGACUAGGUUAUCUGUUUCGUUUGUUGGAUUGCGCUGAAUUCUACUGUCAUAAAAUAACGUUUCCCGCUUUUGGUGUUUGCUAAGUUUGACGAAGUCGCUAUCGGAUUAAAAACUUCUCUUGUUCGUUUGUUUGUUUGAACUUUCAAGUAAUCUGGAUUAAAAAGUGUAACUGGCGUGAAAGUGAAUAUUUCGUAUAAGCUCCCCGUAGGUGUACAAUGUACGUUAACUGCCCCAGUUCUUAGACUCGAGGACGGUGGGGGCAUUUAGACUGUGAAUGUGUGGGCAUUAUUCGAUGCUUGAUACCACCAACACAUUUCGUUUAUAUUUGGAAUAAGAGCAACACAUAGUUUGAGGAUGAAAAUUGAAAAUCAAUUGGAUACCAAAGAUUCUGUCACACCAGAUCUUCUCAGUGGGAAAGAAGCUUCAACUUCUAAUGGCCCUGCUGGAAGUCUGCAAGUGGAGGAAAAACGGAGAAGGGCCUGGGAGCAAUGGUCUGCUGAUGAUAUUGCAGCUUUCUUUGAAGGGUUGAAUGAAUUUGGCAAGGACUUUGAUGCUAUACAAAACUGUUUAUAUACUAAAAAUCGAAAGAAGAGUCUGGUAAACUCUACAAAUAUCAAGAACAAAGAUCAGGUGCGCCAUUUCUACUACAGAACUUGGCACAAAAUCUCAAAAUACCUCCUGCCAACCCCAGAUGAAGGCAAGCGAAUGCACAAGGAACUCUAUGGGUUGAUCAACUAUGGGGAAAUGUGGAAGAAGCUAGGAGGUUAUUUCAAUGAUCGCUGUGGAGAGAAACUCAAUGAGCUGGUCCAGCAUGGUGUGACAUCUGUCAAGAUAAAAGGCAAAAGCUACAGAAUUAAAACUCCUGUGUGUCCAGCUCUAAAACGCCUCCAGUCCACUGGAACAGAAACUCAAAAAUUGCCAUCUACCCCUGAAAGGAUUGUAAUUGAGCUUACACCGUGCUGCAAUGCAGACUUUCUUCGCGUUCAGUCGGUUGCACAUAAUCCUCGUAUACGUAUUAGUACCGAUAGUUCUUCACCUUUAUCCACUAUCAUUAGUUUUUUGACGAAAAAAUGGAAACCUCGUUCGAUCCUCGAAGCUGAGUCUGUAGCCGAGGAUGAGCUAAUUAUGCGGGUAACACCGGAGAUGAAACAAGUUGCACCAAUUGGCAGUACAAAAAAAGGGCGCAAAAGAACCUUCAGUGGCCAAGAACAGAUGGAUGAAACAGAAGUCAAGCUUGAAGUAAAAAGUUGGAUUCUUGAAACUUCUGAUCAAGUGACAUUUUCCCGUAUGAGACAACGGCUACGUCGUCCUCUUCGUUAUGGUACUUCGUUGAAGCGUGGUUCACUUGCUGCAACACUGAGUAAAAUGCCCGGCCCAUCACCAAUUCAAGCGCGACCUCAUCCGUCAUCGUUAAUGGCGCAAUCCACUACGGUCAAUAUUACCUGGCCACCUGAAGAGAACGGCAACGGAACGGGCUCUUUUGUCUUACAAGUCCAGCUCGAUGGUCAACAGCAACAAACUUCUCCUCAAAAGGACAUACCGACAGCGUCGGUUUCUGGUCCGCUCUAUUUAUCUCCGAAAAAAGGACCUGAUAUUCAAAAUGGAACUGAAGCCUGGAGCGGAAUCCUCUUAAAGCUUUUGCAUCUGCACUUAAUUAUCUUUAUACGUCUAUCACACGUAUUGCAGAGGUCAUGGCGGCGUGUAAUAUCUGAGAAAGUUGUGACAACUAAUGAACUGGUAUGUAAUUCGAUGUAUGUCAUUGCCCACGCCCCGUUUAAAAGACAAUUAGACCUGGUAAAGACGAUCCCACGCGGAAGAUUAUUCUCGAACUUUCAUCCAGGCCACCGUGUAGCCGCCUACACACUUGUGAAGAUCUUUAAGGAUGCCCCAACUGUGGCGGACAUGUUGAAUUUGGCUGCCCAUCCCGAUGUACACGACGCUGUAAACGAACACAUUUUCGUAUAUGCUUUGUCUGCUGCCCUCAUUCAAAGAAAAGAUGCUCGCUCGUUACGCCUUCCACCCAUCUAUGAAAUUUUUCCGGGAAAAUUUUUUGAGACUAAAGUGCGAAGCGAAGCACAAAUCAAUGUUCAACAAAAAAAGGAGCCUGCCACUCAAGAACCCAUCAUCAUCGAUAAAAACUUUGCAGCUACGAACAGGGUCGUGGAAAAUAAGGUGUCAUAUUUCCGAGAAGACUUGGGCAUCAACAGCCAUCAUUGGCAUUGGCAUUUAAUUUUUCCAGUUGAAGCGACAGGAGAAAUCAUCAAUCCACCAGAUCGUCGGGGCGAACUUUUCUAUUACAUGCACCAACAAAUUUUGGCUCGUUAUGAUGCUGAAAGAAUAGCUAAUGGUCUGGCCCGCGUAACGUCAUAUCACGACUGGGACGAACCCAUUAUGGAAGCCUACUUUCCGAAACUUACAAAUGCUAACGGUGCCAUUCAUUGGGCAUCUCGUCCGGCUGGGCUCGUUCUCAAGGACAUAAAUAUUCCCGACGAAGGCGUCGAACUUGGAAUCGAAUUUCAAAUUAAUAAUCUAGAACUGUGGCGCACCCGCAUUCUUCACGCUAUACACAAAGGAUCGGUAGCAAAGGCGAAUGGCGAAAUCAUCUAUUUAGAUGAAACAACGGGCACAAACACCUUAGGAGAGCUCAUCGAAGCGUCGCAGUGGUCUGCCGACAAGUUGUUUUACGGUGAUCUGCACAAUUUCGGACACAUUGCAGUGUGUUAUAUUCACGAUCCUGACCGCAGCCAUUCGGAAAACAUGGGAGUUAUGGGCGAUUCGGUGACGGCCAUGCGUGACCCCAUCUUUUACCGCUGGCACAAGUUCAUCGACUCACUUUUUCAGCAAUUCAAAGCCACUUUAAAUCCCUAUACUGCUCAACAGUUGACUCUGGAAGGAAUUACAGUGAACAAUGUCGAAGUACGCCGCAACGCGACUCCUGAUAAUCCCCGGUCAAAUCCACCAAAAAAUCUCAUUAUCACUGGCUGGCAAGAAAGUAUUGUGGAGCUGGACCGCGGUUUGGAUUUUUCAAGCUUGCGUCCCGUCCAAGCACGAGUGACGCACCUGCAGCACGAAGAUUUUUCCUAUCGAAUACAGGUGACCAAUUCGACAAAAACUACUCAAGAAAUUGUGUUCCGAAUUUUUCUGGCACCGAUCGCGGACGAGGCAGGUCGCCCAUUUUCUUUCAGGGAACAACGUCUUCUAAUGAUCGAACUGGACAAAUUUGUCGUCAGAGUGACCCCUGGAGCCAACAUGGUCAAGAGAAAAUCGGACGAUUCUUCCGUGACGAUCCCGUUCGAACGUACGUUUAGAGAUCUGGAAGCAGCUGUUCCCGCAACACCACUCGCUCCAGGAGGUGUCCCAACCGACUUGCCGACCGACAGAAUGACCAAUUUCUGUGGUUGCGGUUGGCCGGAUCACUUUUUAGUGCCGCGAGGUGCGCCUAACCCAGGAAUGCCCUUCACGCUUUUCGUUAUGGCCACCAGCUGGAAAGAGGAUCGCGUCGUUAAUGGUGAGGACUCUAAAAAACUCUGCCGCAAUGCAGCCUCUUAUUGCGGGAUAUUGGACGAAAAGUAUCCCGACAAGAGACCGAUGGGCUUUCCAUUUGAUCGCCCCCCUGAUAAAAUGAUAACCACAUUGGCGAAAUUUAUUGAAAAGUCGCCUAAUAUCAAAACCACAGAGAUCCGCAUUCAGUUUGAAGAUCGCAUCAUCCGUCGAUUUCCCCAACAAUAAUUGGAACAGUCAUGCUUUCUGUUUGCGUUUUCCACCUUCUUUUACUCAGCCAAUGACGCUCUCUUGAGCUAUAGUACUUAACGUUUAUCGCACAGAAAAGGAACAACAGGAAUUGUCUGCUCUUAAUUUUCAUUUCCUGAAAGCGGAUGUUGUGAUACUUCCUUAAUCCGUACUAAUUGAAAAGCAUUUCAAGGUACUUGCAUUCUUCGCUUUGCUUGGGGGAGCUUGAUCCUAAAAAGAUCAGAUUUCUUUUGCCAUUUACUACAACACAGUCUACCAAACUUUUCUUUGGAUAACUGCCUCUUUUCUCAAGGCUAUGGUGCCCAACAAUCCCCCUCAAUUGCUGCACAAUAACAUUCAUUUGAUUCUUUUUCUCCCAAUUCUUUUCAUUGCUUCCCUUUUUAGAAAUACAUCUGGAACUGAAAAGCGUAUUGUGUGAAAUGAAAAUGACGAUUAUUUAUAACGCCACAGCAGAGAAUGAGAGAUAUGGAAAGGAAUAUUGUGAUGUUUCUUCACUUUUAAGUUCUAUCCGUUAUCUGAUGCCUUCAAAGCAGUGAUUGCAGCGUAUUACACAACGACAUCUAAGAAAUGUUUUCUGAACUUUUUAAGUAAACAGUGGUGGCCAUCUUGAAUUGGAUGCUUAAAAAAAAAAUCAUAAGGUCGUUGACAGUGAGAGGAGAGUAUUUUACUGAAUCUGUUUGUACCUUGUGCAGGACCCACGCUUUCUAAGUCUAAGUAUUAAUACUGUUAUCUUCUUAAGCUCUUUGGAUUGGAUCGAUAGGUUCGGAUGUCGAAAUAUACAAAAUUAUUUCUUUCGUGUUUCAUCUUUCCAUUUGGUUGAUGGAUAGAGCACGUCAGAUGAUGAUGCAAGUAGGGAGAUUGCUCGUCAGCCAGUACAAACCCUGCUGGCGCAAUGGCCUCAUUUUUUAAGUUCAAGUCGUUGACAUGUUGACAGUGAAUGUCGUGAUAGUUUAAUCAGCUUCUUUUCAAAUGCAAGGCAGUACCAGCAUGGAGUCAUAUUGGCACAGUUUUUGAAGACUGACGUUUGAUGAUGAAAGUUAAUCAGCAAUGAAUGGCGACCUACAUUUCCUUUUAUUGCCACAGAGAGGAAGACAAGCCCUGCAUUAUCUUUGUUGACGAGGCCCACAUCCAGGAAUUUUGUUGCAGAUAGUUUAGUCUGCAAGUUGUGGCUAUUAAUUUACAUUUUUUUGGAAAAACUGAUGACCAGUCCAUAUGAUUCAAUAUUAACAUGUGUUUUUUGUUUUAGUUUCCCGGCAGAUCAUCAUGGAUGAACAAUAACAAUGAUAAAGUAGUUUUAUGUCUCAGAACACCAAUAAUGUACUGACCUUGUGCCAACUAAAUCAUAAAUCUACUGAUGAACUAAUAAACUUUAUUUGUUCAAUUCAUGUUAACGUACAAAUAUACACAAAGUAUCGGA